AUGGCUGUUAUCAACCAACCAAAUAGUCAAAUUAAACUCACUAAUGUUUCCCUUGUGAGGAUGAAGAAGGGGAAGAAGAGAUUCGAGAUUGCUUGUUAUCAGAAUAAGGUUCAGGAUUGGAGACUGAAGGUUGAAAAAGAUCUCGAUGAAGUGCUACAGAUCCCGCAAGUUUUCAUCAAUGUUUCCAAGGGCCAAGUGGCAAAUAAUGAUGACUUACAAGCAGCAUUCAACACCACAAACCAAGAUGCCAUAAUCCAAGAAAUUCUAAAUAAGGGCGAGAUUCAAUUGAAUGAAAAGGAGAGAUCUGCUAAUUUGCAACAGAAGCAAAAUGAGUUUUUAACCAUCAUUUCGACCAAAUGCAUAAAUCCUAGGUCCAAAAAAAGAUACCCACCUUCAAUGAUUGAUAAGGCAUUGAAUGAGUUAAAGUUUCACCUAAAUCCAACAAAGACGACCAAGACGCAGGCAUUGGAUGCCAUCAAGCUCUUGGUUGAAAAACAGAUCAUUCCCAUAGCCAGAGCUCAAAUGAAGAUAAGGAUAUUAUUAACGAAAAAGGGUUAUCAAAAGUCAUACGAGGAUGAGAUCAAACCCAAGAUUGAUCAUCUCGACGAGCUUGAAAACAAUGGAAAACAAUACGAAAUUGUGGGUAUUAUAGAUCCUAUUAACUACAAGGUGCUUGUGGAAUUGUUAGAAAGUAAAGAGUUGAAGAAUGAAGGGUCUAUAGAAGUCUUAGAUAUGUCAGCUACAAAGGACUAA